AUGCCAACCUCUACGAUCCCGGUGUGGGUCCUCGGACUCCUCGCGCUCUCCUCGGCGUGCUACGUGCAGAAUUGCCCAAGAGGAGGGAAGCGCUCAUCACCGGACUUUGGCACAAGACAGUGCAUGACGUGUGGCCCAGGGAAUGGGGGGCGCUGUUUCGGCCCUAGAAUCUGCUGUGGGGAUGAAUUGGGCUGCUUCGUGGGCACCCCAGAAGCAGCUCGCUGCGUGGAGGAGAACUAUCUGCCGUCUCCCUGCGAGGUGGGAGGAAAAACCUGCGGGGCUGACGACGGCCGCUGUGCUGCUCCAGGCAUCUGCUGUGACACAGAGGGCUGUGUCCUGGACUCCGACUGCAGGGAGGAUCGUGGGGCAGUGAACACCGUCCUGACAGACAGCUCAGAGGGAGAUUUGUUUCUGUGA